ACAUCCGGUCAGAGGAAGUUCUGGGCUACUCUGCUCUAAUAUCUGGGUUGCGUCAUUUGUAUCUACCAAUGCAUUAAAAAAGGAGCCCUCUCUCUAACGGUAGAUCUUGCUCCUUGCUCAAAAGCUGCAGAACCUGAAACGUGCUAUAACUUUUUGACUUGAAAUAUAAGCUUUCCUCUUCACCAGCUAUGACAGAGGAAAUAACAUAUGCGGAUCUGGAAUUUAAUAAAUUGUAUGCACUGGAAAAUGUCCCAAAGCCUGUUGCUCUUGAGGAAAAAGGGCUCCCCACUUCAUCCCCAUGGCGUCUGGCUGCCCUGACUUUGCUCACAUUGUGUCUGGCAUUAAUGGUAGGACUGCUAGCCCUGGGGGUUGUGUUUUUCCAGGUUACCAACAUCUUCCAGGAAGAAAAUAUAAAACUCAAAGAGAAGGAGAAAGCUCUGCAAACAAAUUUCUCAAGCAGGCUGCAAGAAAUAAGAGAGAGUUUGUGUUUGGAAGGGGAACUGAAGAAUAAAAAUAAUGGAAUGAGUUGUACACUCUGCCCCACAAACUGGCAACGAAUGGGAGGAGACACCUGUUACUAUAUUUCUUCAGGGAAGAAGACGUGGGAGGGGAGUCGGAAAUUCUGUGUCUCACAAAAUUCCACCCUUCUCAUGAUAAAAGACAAGGAGAAGCUGGAAAACAUAGAUCGAUAUUGUAUUAGAGGACAUUACUGGAUUGGAUUAUCACGACAGAACACUGAAAGGCCUGGCUUGUUUUGGGAGGACACCACACCUCUUUCUACAUCUGAAAAGAAAAUCUUUGUUUACAGUAGCACCAAUCUCUGUGCAUAUCUGCAGGAUAAGUAUAUUUAUGCUGAUCAGAGCUGUAAUGAGAAGAAUCUCUGGAUCUGUGAGAAGGCACCCGUCGAGCUGUGGCUAACAGACAACCAGUAAUAGUUUAGCAGUGUAUCAUGGUUUAUCUGUAUGAAAUAUUUAUUUAUUAGCAGUGGGAAGAAGAUCUGUGUUCUCUGUAUUGUGUUGUUAGAUUUUUGGUUCUGGAAAGUUUCCAAAUGAGGAUUUAAAUAGGUGUUUAGAGUUACAAACAGCAUCUUCAUUUUCAUUGUUUUAUGUUGCCUUUUCAAAAGUCAUAUGCCUAAAGCUACACACAUAGUGGAGGUCAUGUGGCUCCCCCAGAGAACACAUAAACUCAAUCAAUCCAAAUCUGAAAUGUGCAAAGGAUGCCAAAUUGAAACCGCCAACUCCAGAGCAUAAAUAAAGCUAAUUAAUUUAGAUAUGGGUAUGGAUAAAUAUUUAGAUAUGGGAUACAGCCCAGUGUAUGAUUGCUCCCUUUUGCCCAUUUUUCAGAUUGGGGUACCAUUUUCUAUGGGGAAAGGGUGGUGGUUGCCUUCCCCCUCCCCUGUCUUUCUGUCUCCUCACUCUAAGAUUUUGGAUGUGAUCAAUAGGAAAGCAAUAUAAUUCAUGGUGCUAUUUCAGACUGAGAAUGCUCUAUAUGCUAAUAAAACUUUUCUUCCUCCAGAAUUUUCCUGAAAUUAUGUCUCUGUUCCCUGAGGUUUCUCUACUGCAGGUUUCUGUAAUCCAGGUGCUGAGGUUUCAUCCACGUCCAUUCAGGAGAGUAUUCUGCAUUCUUAUUGAACUUACUUCUACAAAACAUUGCAUGAUUGUCAGCCUAAACAUUUCUCUUUCCUACAGUUUAUCACACACCAAUUACACUCUCCAACAACCGUAACCAAAUCCCUCUGCCCCUCUGAUGUUUUCAUGAAUCACAUAUUUGUACAGGGUGGCAGUAUCUUUCACUAAUCAGUCAUCACUUAGCUAAUUAUGCGUGAGUAGUUCUUUUAAUCUUUACUCAUAAGUCAACCUCUCCAUCCCAUUAACCAUUUCAUGGGGGAAUGGGGAUGCAGAAAGUGAUCUACCUUUCUUUUUUCAAAGUAAUUAUCUAUUGUACAUCAAAUAAUAUUGUAGGACAUAUGAAGACACUCUUAAUACAAUGUACAGAAAAGCUCUGAACUCACUGCUACAGAUCAUGAGAACUGGAUUGCUUGGUAAACUGGGCACAAGAUAACAAUAUGUGUUUAACACUACUAAAUGUAAAGUUUUGUGUCUUGGAACAAAGACUGUAGGCCAUACUUACAGGACGGGGGACUCUAUCCUGGGAAGCAGUGACUCUGAAAAAGACUCAGGGGACAUAGUGGAUAAUCAGCUGAACAUGAGUUCCCAGUGAGAUUCUGUGGUCAGAAGGACUAACACAAGCCUUGGACGUAUAAACAGGGGAAUCUUGAGUAAGAGUGGAAAAAUUCUCUUCUGUAUUUGGAACUGAUAUGACCAGGCUGGAAUAGUGUGUCCAGUUCUGGUGUUCAUGAUUCACAGAGGAGGCUGAUAAAUUGAAGAGGGGUUAAAGAAGAUCCAGGACAAUAAUUAGAGAAUUGGAAAAUUGCCUUAUAGUGAUAGUCUCAAGGAGCUCAAUCUAUUUAGCUUUAGGACACAGAAGGUUAAGGGGUGACUUGAUCAGUCUAUAAGUGCCUACAUAAGGAACAAAUGUUUGAUAAUAGACUCUUUAAUCUAGCAGACGUAGGUAUAACAAGAUCCACUGGCUGGAAAUUGAAGCUAGGUAAAUUCAGACUGGAAAUAUAGCAUAAAUUUUUAAUAGUCAGGGUACUCAACCAUUGGAAUUUUCCAAGUGUUGUGGUGGAUUCUCCAUCACUGGCACUUUUUAAAUCAAGACUGGGUGUUUUUCCUAAAAGGUAUGUUCAAGUUCAACUACUUCCAAGUACUACAAAUCAGUUGUGGAAUUACUUCAGAGAAGUUCUAUGGCCUGUGUUAUACAGGAGGUCAGAUUAUAUUAUCACAAUGAUCCCCUCUGGCCUUAGAAUCCUGUAGUUUGCUUCAAUCUCCCUGGUCAUUCAAUAACAGACCUAAAAGUGGCAAUUCUUCAACAACAAAAACUUCAAAAACAGAUUCCAACAUGAAACUGCAUAACUGGACUUAAUU